CUAUAUAAAGGUACUCUCUCUCUCUCUCUCUCUCUCUCUGUUUUUAUGGUCUUCUGGAGCGAUAAUGGUCUCGGUCUCAACAUAGUAGCUUCUGGGUAUCAAUUAUUCGAACUUGUGUCUAACACUCUUUGAGAAGGAAGUGAAGAAACUGAAUCCACCUAGACUGUAAUUAUCUUCAUCUGAACAUGGAUAUCAACAGUAAAAGUGUAUCAUGGUUUGGGAACAUAAGACAGGAAUUUGCGGCUUUCUACUCGGAAUUGGAAGAUAUUGUGUGUCAGGAGAAACCAUAUGAAUAUGUUGAAGGUCAAUUGCUGAGAGCAGGUGCCAAUGUCAAACAAUUCUGUUCAGAUAUUGUGCAAGAUGUGCUCCCCGAGUUUAUAGUGGAUUCUACGAAAGAAGAAUCUCCUGAUCCAUCUUUAGAGCAAGAUACAAAUAUGAAUCGCAUGGCUUGUGAAAGGUUAAAAGUAGGUGUUGAGAAAGACCUAAAGGAGGGGCUUUGUGAUGUAAAUUCUUUGUCUCAUGCAUCCGUUGUGGAGCAGGUUGUUGAGUUACAUAUUGAUUCAUCUCUUGAGCAAAAUGCUGAUGUUGGGAUGCUUGAAAGGUCAAACGUGGGUGUCAAGGGAAAUGAAGUGGAUGGGAAAUUAUUUCCCUCAGAGAUUCCAGAAGUAGCUGAUCCUGCAGAAGAACAUUUGAGCAUCAGAUCAUCAGUGUGUGGAGGAAACUGGUCCAAUGAUGAAAAAAAAGGAUGUAGUGGUGAAGUUUGUUUGUCAACCUUAAUAUCAGUUGAAUUUCACGAGUGCAAUUCUUCUAUGAAAGCAGGGGAACCUAGUGACCUUGUGGAUGCUAAACCUGAUAUUCCCGAGCCCCUGCCAUCAGCUGAUUCUGUUAUCCUUACCGAGUCCUAUACCUCAACUUCUGACGAGAGUGUUUCAUCGCCGGAGUCUUGCUUAUCUGGAUUUGAGGCGCACAAUGAAUUUGUAGAAUUUGAAAGCUUUUUGUGUCAUCCAGAUUUUGGUGACACCAAUACAGAAGAGUCCAGGGACGACCAUGUUAAUGAAUCAGCCAUGGAGGCCACUCAACAGUUCAGUAAACUGAAGAACCGUUCUUAUCAGGAAACUAUUGAGGAGUUUUCUGCUUUGGAAAUGAAGUUCGCAAAAGAGCAGGAAUGUGGGCAGCAAGCAACUUGUCCUGAAGAUCUUCAUGCAGAAUCAGGGCAACCAAUCAGGAAAUAUUUCACACGAACCUCGCCAACGGGUGAAUUGGAGUCGCCAGAUUAUGAUUUUUGUGAUUCUGACUGGGAGAUUAUCUAGAUGCAUUAUCCAGCUCUAAGCGAAUACCCUGGUAUCUCAACUGGUGCUGUAUUGCCUCUUUCUCCAAAGAUGAUGAUAUGCUUUAAUAUAGGACCCUUUUUUGAAUGAAGAAUGUAGAGGCAACAAUAACUUAGAUUUGAAGAGAAAUAAGGAUUCCUUUAUUUGAAUGGUAAAUUUUAUUUAAGUUUUCGCAACCUUAUGGUCUGAUCUGUUAUUGAAAUUUGCUGAACAGUGAUGUUAUUGGGGAGAAGUUGAUGAAUUGCUUAGGAAAGAGGUGAAUGGAUACUUAGAGCACAUCUCAGAAGGAUGAAAGAUGUACUUUUGGAUGAAAUCUGAGCAUUUUUAUUAGGGUU